GUGCGGGGCGGGCGCGCUGCGGCGGUCGCUGCUGCUGCUUCCUCGGGCCAUUUUGCUCCGCGCGGAGCGACGAGAGGUGGCGAGCCGGGGCUAGAGGAGGCGCAGGCCGGAGGAAGCGGCGGGCUUUCCGCAUUCGCAGAGUCCGGAGGGCCGCAGCGAUCGCCGGCGAAGGGGGUCGGGGACCCCUUCCCGGUCCCUGCACCAUGAGCUGGGGCACUGAGCUCUGGGAUCAGUUUGACAACUUGGAAAAACACACACAGUGGGGAAUCGAUAUUCUUGAGAAAUACAUCAAGUUUGUCAAGGAGAGGACGGAGAUUGAGCUCAGCUAUGCCAAGCAACUCAGGAAUCUUUCAAAGAAAUACCAACCCAAGAAGAACUCGAAGGAAGAAGAGGAAUACAAGUACACGGCAUGUAAGGCGUUUCUUUCUACGCUGAAUGAGAUGAACGACUACGCCGGGCAGCACGAGGUCAUCUCCGAGAACAUGACGUCACAGAUCACGAUGGACCUGAUGCGCUAUGUUCAGGAACUGAAGCAGGAGAGGAAAUCGGUAAUGCAUAUUGAGAAUUUCCACGAUGGACGGAAGGCUCAGCAGCACAUAGAGACAUGCUGGAAGCAGCUGGAGUCGAGUAAGAGGAGGUUUGAGCGGGACUGCAAGGAGGCUGACCGGGCACAGCAGUACUUUGAGAAAAUGGACGCCGAUAUCAACGUGACCAAGGCAGAUGUGGAAAAGGCACGACAACAAGCUCAGAUACGUCAGCAAAUGGCAGAGGACAGCAAAGCGGAUUACUCCUUAAUCCUGCAGAGAUUCAACCAGGAGCAGUGGGAGUACUACCACACCCACAUCCCCAACAUCUUCCAGAAAAUACAAGAGAUGGAGGAAAGGCGGAUUGUGCGCAUUGGAGAGUCCAUGAAGACGUUCGCAGAGGUGGACCGGCAGGUGAUACCUAUCAUUGGGAAGUGCCUGGAUGGUAUCGUGAAGGCGGCCGAGUCUAUCGACCAGAAAAACGACUCCCAGCUGGUCGUAGAAGCCUAUAAGUCAGGAUUCGAGCCUCCUGGAGACAUUGAAUUUGAAGAUUACACACAGCCGAUGAAACGCACGGUGUCAGACAACAGCCUUUCCAGCUCCAAAGAAGGCAAACCUGAACUCAAGUUUGGCAGCAAGUCUAAAGGCAAGCUCUGGCCAUUCAUCAAGAAAAACAAGCUCAUGUCCCUUUUAACGUCCCCCCAUCAGCCUCCCCCUCCUCCCCCUGCCUCUGCCUCACCCUCUGCUGUUCCCAAUGGCCCCCAAUCUCCCAAGCAGCAAAAGGAACCCCUCUCCCACCGCUUCAACGAGUUCAUGACCUCCAAACCCAAAAUCCACUGCUUCCGGAGCCUAAAGCGUGGGGGUGUCACACCAGAAGACUUCAGCAACUUCCCGCCUGAGCAGAGAAGGAAAAAACUACAACAGAAAGUUGAUGAUCUUAAUAAAGAGAUCCAAAAGGAGACGGACCAGAGAGAUGCCAUCACCAAAAUGAAAGACGUGUACCUAAAGAACCCUCAGAUGGGAGACCCUGCCAGCUUGGACCACAAACUCACUGAAGUCACCCAGAACAUAGAAAAACUGCGGCUGGAGGCUCAGAAGUUUGAGGCCUGGCUGGCUGAGGUGGAAGGCCGACUCCCAGCUCGGAGUGAGCAGGCACGCCGGCAGAGUGGGCUGUACGAUGGCCAGACACACCAGACAGUCAGUAACUGCGCCCAGGACCGGGAGAGCAGCCCAGAUGGUAGUUACACAGAGGAGCAAAGCCAGGAGAACGAGCACAAGGUACUGGCUGCGGACUUCGACGACGAAUUUGAUGACGAGGAGCCGCUCCCCGCCAUAGGGACCUGCAAGGCGCUCUACACCUUUGAAGGUCAGAACGAAGGCACCAUUUCCGUGGUUGAAGGAGAAACACUGAGCGUGAUUGAGGAGGACAAAGGCGAUGGGUGGACUCGCAUCCGCAGAAACGAAGACGAGGAGGGUUACGUCCCCACUUCCUACGUCGAAGUCUAUUUAGACAAAAACGCCAAAGGUGCUAAGACUUAUAUUUAAUCCACUUAAAACAAAACACAAACCUUGAAAAGCAUUGGAGUUGUCUCUCCCCGCCACUGUGGUUGUGACAGGCCUUCAAGAGGUCAACAGAGAGCAAGCCACUCAGACGCUAGGGGAGCUGGGGGCGUCUUGUGCCUGAGUUCGCUUGUCCAACUUGGCUCUGUGCAGAAUUGCCACUGGCCAGCUUACAACUGUGUCGCUUGAAAUCUGAUCGGCGUUUCCAUUCCAGUCAACAAAAUGUAUAGAUUUAAAAAAAAAAAGUAUGGUGUUGGCCCGAGCCUAUAAUCCCAGCACUCAGGAGGCUGAGUCGGGAGCACCCAAGUGAGUGUCAGGCUAGCUUAGGCUUCUGAGUAAGACCCAGUAAAAAUAAGUAAUAAAUAAAAUUCCUUCAUCGAUGGAAGUAAUCUCUCCCUGCCCUUGAGUAAAGAACAUUUUCUUGGUUCCCACACCGAGUAAACUGAAGGUUGCAGUCAGUAUUCCGUUUAGUGUCUGAGUGUCCCAAACAACCAAAAGAGAUCCAGGAAGGCGUGCUCCUUGAGCGAGUCAUUUUGAUUUGGCAUUCACCUUCUGGCUCCGUCUGAUGCACUAGGGCUGGUGGUAGAGUAUCUUCUGGCUGUUGAGGUGAGCUUGCGCGGCAGCUGGGUGGCCCAAGGCCCCCGAGGGUAUGACUGUUCUCAGACCUGGAUCCAUUUCUGUGGCCAGAGGAGCAGCUUGGCUGUGGACAGAGCCCAGUGCAUCAUCAUUGCAAGCAAUGGACUCAGCAUGUCCCUGUUUAAGUGAAAGACUUGUUUUUUCUUUUUAAUCUUUGACAUCUAUAAGACCCAAAGUUAGAAUUUACUAGAGGCUUUGUGAUGUCUGGCACAUUUGACCUGCAUAAUUACAGCCAGAAUAGAGUAGACGGCCUUAGUGUUUUAAAGGAAUCUGGGCCAUGCGGGAAUUUGCAUUUUUAAGUCAGUACCGAUGCUGGGGAGAGCGUGAUACUGGAUGGGGCAGGCGCAGCUGCCAAGCCGAGGAUGGACAGAAUGGUGCCUAUCAUGAGGGCCCGCCUCAAGGCCAUCAAGAGCCUUUUCUUUCCUUUUUUUCCCCCCAUUGUUUUUUGAGACAGGGCUUCUCCUGAUAGCCCUGGCUACCCUGGAAUUCCCUCUGUAGACCAGGCUAGCCUUGAACUCAGAGAUCCACCUGCUUUUGCCUCCUCAGUGCUGGAAUUAAAGGUGUGUGUUGCCACUGCCCGGCUUUUGUUUUUGUUUUUGUUUUUGUUUUGUUUUUUAUUUUUGAGGCAGUGUAACCCAAGCUAGUCUUGAACUCACAAUUCCCCUGCCUCAGCCUCCUGAUGGCUGAAAUAAAGAGAAUAUUUCCUAGUAGAGACUGACUCUUGACAGUUGCAAAGUGGCACAAAGAGGUUCCCAUGCCCUUCCUGAAGCUCUGGCAGCCACACCAUAGUCUAGUGCAGUCUCCGGAUAGUGCACUGACCCAGCCCAUUGGACCCGUUUAAUACACCUCAGUUUCGUAGCUCACAUUUCCUCUGAGUAACUUUUGCUGUCACAGUGCUUUUAAAGUCAGCCAUUGUGGGCUCCUUCGGGAGCAGUGCUUCAGUUCCCCCUGCAGGUACCCCGAAGCACCGAAGAGCUCUCUGAGUGGGUAGGAGGAAGGGCAAAUUGGGCAUGUGACCAGGUGGUAGAUAGACUGGCAAUAUAAAGAGAAGCCCUCUUUAGCCACUGCAGAACUCACUUCUUGCCUGUGAUCUCCUCCUCCUCUUCUUAUCUUCUUCCUCCCUUUCCUCUUCCUCUUUUUCAUCUUCCUUCUCUUCUCCCCCCCCCCCCCCCCACUACUUCUUCUCCUCCUUCUUUUUGAUUUUUCUAGAAAGGAUUCCCUGUGUAGCCCUGGUUAUCCUGGACAGCCUGAACUCACUAUGUAGACCAGGCUGGUCUCAAACCCGCAGAGUUCUGUGUGCUCAAGACAGUCUAGUCUACACAGUGAGUUCCUGGACAACUAGAACUAUGUAAAAUAGACCCUGUCUUAAAAACAAAACCCAAAAAGUCUCAAGGAGAGCUCUAGCAGUGAGCUGGUGAACAGCCUGAUGGGCGAGCUGGAGGGGUUUCCCUCCGGUUUAUGCAGGUCUUAGUUUAGUGUGUGCUAUUAAGCUGACUACUACCUUAGGAGCCCAACAGAUGAGUGAGCCCAGCACUGACUAAACUGAAUCAUAGACAUUGGAGUUUCUAUCUCCUCAGUGGUAAACCCAGAAAUUUCUUCCAAUAGUUUUCUGUUUAAAAAGAGAGAUUGGAGACUCGGCCAGGGGACGAGGCUCAGUAGGUGCAGACAUUUGUCCCCAAGCCUGAUGAAUGUGAGUGCUGUCCCUGGGACUCACGUGGUUGAAAGAAAACACCAACUGCCCUAAGUUGACCCGUGUCCCAGAAGUUGACCUCUGACCUUCAAUGUACCAAGGCACCUGUGUGCACCUACACAAAGCACACACAAAUCAAUGUGAAAAAUAAAACCCAGACAGUCGGGUGUGGUGGUCUAAGCUUGUAAUCCCAGCACUUGAGACCCAGACGAAGGUGGAUCUCUGUCAGUUCAGGGCCAGUCUGGUCUACAUAGUGAAUUCCAGGCCAGCCAGAGCUACAGAGUAAGAUCUUGCCUCAAAACAACAGAAAAUAAACAAAUAAGGAAAGAGCCGAGCUGCCUGCAGACUUCUCCUCUUAGCUGAGGAACAUGUCUGAGAUGAGCAGCCCCCAGGCGCUACCCCCACCUAGCCUCGCCCAGACCCUGCACUCCUGCCUCCCACCCCAGUGGGCCCAGCUGUGCCCCGACUCCCAGAAAAGCACUUCCAAAGCACUUCUCAGAUUUUAACAAAAUAAAAGCACUUUCUCUCUCUCUCUCUCUCUCUCUCUCUCUCUCUCUCUCUCCCCCCCCCCUCUCUCCCCCCCCCCAAUCAGUGAUGUACUUAACCAUUGCCAAACUCCUAGACUCCUCCGACUCUUUGCCGUACAGUGGCUUUGACAUCACUUCUGUUGACCAUGCCUGUGAUCCUGCUCCGCAGGGUAUACUUGUAUAUAUUGCAGUUUGGAACCUAGAAGGAUGCCUUACACAGUGUUGUUUUAUUUGUUGUUCUGUUGCCUAACCACCUUUUUGUUUUUAUAACUGCUGGGGAGGCCCCUGGAGUCUUGCACUGUAGCUAGGUCCCCGGCUGGCUGCUGCACACUUGACUUUAUUGUAAACCCCUGGGCUCUGAGUAAGUCAUUUGAAUAUAGCUGUCAUGAUCGCAUCUUCCUAUUCUUAUCCUAAGAGAAAAGACUCUCUCUGUCACCUUCCAGUUGUGCCCUCGUAUCUGACUCUCUAAUAAAUAUUAUUAUUUUUCUCA